CAUAAAGUGAUACUUUCUGAUAUUUCGAGAAACAAGAAAAUGUGUUUUUCAUAAGCUUUCAAUAUUAUUUUUAAUAUGUUUUUAAUGAAGGAAACACUACUUUUUAAAUCUGUGAGAUGAAAUACUCGAAAGAUAUUGCCAAAUUUUAUUAUAUAAUUUUUUUUUUACCUAACUUUUUUUUUUCUUUGCUAGAAUUUUUUUAAAAGAUCAUUUGAAACCUGUUAAUCGAGAGUUUCAACUGAAAACGCAUUUCAUUUCAAAAGGAUUCCGCAAAAACUCAUAUAAUUUAUUUAUAGAAUACGUUAUAUUUGGUUUUAAAAGUUCACUAGAAUUCUUUCUUGUAUAUAGUGAAACAAAAUCCACUCAGUUUUUCUGCUUUAUCCUUCUAUAUAUAUAUUUUACUACUUUUCAAUUUAGUAUUUUUUUUAUUUGGUAGAUCAUUCAACUUUUGUUUAUUUUAAUUUCAAACAAUCUGUCAUAAUUCAUGUUUUUGUUUCAAAAUCCACAAACAAAUUCAGCAAAACAAUUUUUAUUUUCAGUCGUUAUUUAAUUUUCUGACUUUAUUUUUCUUUCAAAAUUCACAAGCGCAGAAAAGGAUUGCAAGUGAACCUUCUAUCGAAACUGCGAAGGUGGUGAUUCCAUUGCCUAACAACUCAAUAUUAAAAGAAAAAUCACAGGAAAACAAUUUCCCGCCACCAGCUCGACCUUAAUGAAUCACCUACUUAUCGCACAAACAAAAUAUUAAUCCAUCCUUAUCCCUUCCAUUACUUCUGUCCCCCAAAAAAAUGAAGCAUAAUAAAGAGAUCGACGAGCGACAUGGCACCAACAAACGCAAUACAGAGCAGCAAGUAAGCACCUGGUUUAAUGUCAAGAAUCAAGAUUAAUGACAGUAGGCGCCGGGAGGAAUCAAUGAUCGGUAGAUUAGCAUAAAAUGCAUAUAAAUCUCUCUCCCCCUGGCCUCUUCAAAUAAGGCAAGAGCAGCCAUGGACGUUUUCUCAACUCCUGCUCAUUUUCAACCUCUGAAUUCACUCCUUAAUGGCGACUCAUCCAAACCCAAGCUCCGGAAUGUCCGUUCUUCCAUACCCAGUUCAUUACCCGGGCCGUUGCUUUACCCCGCACCAUCAAAAUCCAGGCUUUCCUCUUCUUCCCCUGUUUCAGUGGCAUCGCCGCUCGAACCAGCAAUUGACGUCGCCGCCGGCGAGGAGAAGUUCGACUGGUACUCGCAAUGGUACCCGGUGAUGCCGGUCUGCGAUCUGGACAAGAGGGUCCCACAUGCGAAGAAGGUAUUGGGGAUUGAUGUAGUGGUUUGGUGGGACAGUAACGAGAAUGCAUGGAAGGUGUUCGACGAUAUGUGUCCUCACCGCCUGGCUCCGCUCUCUGAAGGAAGGAUCGAUCCGUCGGGAAGGCUGCAAUGCGCUUAUCAUGGCUGGUGUUUUGAUGGCAAUGGCAACUGCAAGCUCAUCCCUCAAUCGCCUCUCGACGGCCCUUCUGUGCACACCAACAAAAGGGCUUGUGUUGCUUCUUAUCCAACCGUAGUGCAUCAUGACAUGGUGUGGUUUUGGCCCAACUCUGAUCCUCAAUACAGAAACAUCUUUGACGAGAAGAAGCCUCCAUUCAUUCCGGAGUUGGAUGAUCCUGCAUUCACUAAGGUGAUGGCAAUCAGGGAUAUUCCUUAUGGGUAUGAUAUACUGAUCGAGAACCUUAUGGAUCCUGCUCAUCUUCCCUAUGCACAUUAUGGACUGGCACUAACAAAGCCAUUCAAGGAACAACGUGAUAGAGAAGGGGGAAUACCACUUGAUUUCACAUUGAAGAAGCUUGGUAUCGAAGGAUUCGAUGCAGAACUAGAAUUCGGCUACUGUAAAUACCAGGCACCCUGCAUCCUUUCUAUCCAUGCUGAUGUAGAUUCUGGAACCAAUAAGCCAUCUAAAGGCAGGCGGAGGAUGACACUGACAUUCAUGUGCGUUCCAGUGAGUCCUGGCAAUAGCAGACUAAUCUGGGCUUUCCCGAGAAACUUUGAUGUUUGGAUUGACAAAGUUGUACCCAGAUGGAUGAUCCACGUAGCAAACAACCUGAUUCUUGAUUCCGAUCUAUACCUUCUUCAUAUCGAGGAAAGGAAAAUCAAGGAAAUUGGCCCAAAGAACUGGCAGAGAGCAUGUUUCUUGCCUUGCAAGUCAGAUGCUCUGGUUGUUGGCUACAGAAGAUGGUUCAACAAAUACGCUGAUGGUGAAGUUGAUUGGAGGGGCAGAUUCAGUGGUGAUCUCCCUCCGACGCCUCCAAGAGAACAACUCAUGGAUCGGUACUGGACUCAUGUAGUGAACUGUGGAAGUUGCAGUCGUGCAUAUAAGUGUCUGAAUGCUAUGGCGACGGUUCUCGAGGUCGUCGCCAUUGGACUGAUCGGCGUUGUUGCCGCUGCAACUAAGCAAGGGGCAGUUUCAGCAGCAGGAAGAACUAGACUUGCGAUAUUGGGUUCAGUUUGUUAUGCGGUUUCAAGGUGGUUAGCCCAUUUUGUUCAGAAAUACUUUCGUUACCAUGGCUACAAUCAUUCGGUUCCUGAUAAAGCCAUGGUCUUUGUUCAAAUGUUCCGCCUAGGCGUUGCGCCGUAGCCUUUUGAGCACAAGGGCUGUAGGCUAGUUAGGCCCAUGUUUCGGCCCGCGACAUUAGGGCCCAUCUAUGUUUUUUUUUUUCCCAGCCCGAAAUGGAAGGGGAAUAAACCAGUUGUGUCCCAGUCUAGUCAUAUUACAUACGAAACCGGCAUAACAGUAUAAAUCCGUUUGACAAUAUGAUCGUGACUUUUAUCACGUUGUUUACCCCGAGCCGAAUUAUGAUUUCAGAACUAAAUCAAGUCUCGUUUCGCUCGCUCGAGUUACGAUGCCUAAACAAAGAUUGAUUUGAUUGGAGCAGAUCUUACACUAAAAAUUGAAGUGGUUUACCUAACCUUUGACCUCUGUAGAAAAUCAUUGUUUUAUGAUGUCACCUAAUGUUUUAAACGUGUUUCUUUCGUUUUGCUGAAUCUUUAUGGUUUGCUUUUUACAUAUGCCUCAUUAGCUCAUUGGCGCAUUCCUCCUCCCCUUUCGCUUACACGUUGUGGUUUCCUUCUUCUAUUGCUUGCUGCUGGACCGCUAUUUUGUCUCUUCUGGCCUUCCAUUUUACGUGUUUCUAUAUUCUGAUUUCUGCGUAAAUCUCUUAUUGACCAAAACGUGAUCACGUGACUACAUAUAAGAUUGAGCUAAUACCUAUAGGAUUAGCACUAAACUGUGGCGGUAAAAAAGGUAAGUUAAAUCAUGGCCUAAGAUCGACACAAUGACAAUCACGCCCCCAUUGUGUGAGUAUUGGUGUAAAAUAAAUUGAAUUGAUAAAUUCGUGAAUUGGAUUAAUUGAGUUUGUGGAUUGGAUUCGUAGAUCCAAGUGACAUAGAAAUUUUAGAAUAGUUUGAAAUUUUUGAAAAGGUUAAAUAUUAAAAUAUCAUUCUAAAGAAUUUUGGUACCAAAACAUAAUUUUUGAAUUACAUGUUCGUAAAAAAAAAAUCAUCAAAAUUUAGGUAUGAAUUUGUAGAUACUAAAUAUAUAUAUAAAUACCAAGGAUGUUUUAGUAUGUGAAGUCUGAAGAACGGAAGAGAUUCAAAUCUAGAACCUCUUCGUUUCUCUAAGUUCAAGAUUAAUGGUAUUAAUUAGACUAAAUCAUUGUUCAUAAAGGAAUUGGGUUCGUUUAGAAGUGGAAAGUUCUUGCUCGAAGAAAUAUUGAGAUUGUCUAUUUAUUUAUGAGUUAUAGAAAGUUUAUGUACAAUCACAAUGUCGCAUACAUGACCACUACUAAAUUGUCUGAUUACUUAUUAUUUAAUAAAAUCUUAAAACAGUAUCUCUAGUAUUUUAUCAUGUACAUAAAUCAUAAUUAAUUUUCUCUUAUAAUUCAACUUUAAUUAUCUUUCAUUGAUUUUCUCCCCUCCACAUGGGUUUUGGAUUCGGCUUCACAUGCAUGUAGAUAGCAAUUAUUAGAGAAAGGGUUAGCGUCCAUAAUAAUUGAGCUUAAGGAAUUGUUCCGCGGAUAACUCUUGUUAAUUAGUUAGCAAUUAAUAUAUGUAUCACCAAAAUAAGCUGGCAGCCGUGGGGCUUGGUUAACCCAUGUGGCUUUGUUGGGAAAUGAAAGAUACAACGUGUUAGUGGAUGAUACAUAAUUGGAUAAGGAGAUUAGGGUGUAUAUAUCUAAUUGUAGUCCAAUUAGAAAAUGAACAAAUGAAUUAUGGUCGAAACAAAAUGGUUUAUCAAUAGCAACUAGAUUAUGAUACCAUGUGAAAUUCUUGUGUAAUAAAGGAUUGGAGGUAGAAGAAGGGGAGGGUGAGAGGUAAAUGUUAGGAUAUGACUUGAAUUUGAUUUAGAUUUGUUUUGUGUUUGGGUUUAUUUUGUCUGGGUGUGUGUUUGGGCUUUGUUUUGGUCUUUUCUUUGUAGGUUUGGAAAAUGUGUUUAGGUUUUUGUUUGAGAUUAUGAGAAGAGUUCUAUAAGUACUCUUCAUCACCCUAGUUUGUAGUAAGGUCAGUCGGGUUAGUUUGUUUGGUUUGUCCAUUUCGGAAUUUGGUUUGUAACAUGUACUCUCCUCAAAUUAGUGAAAUUUGUUCUCCUUUGCCCGUGGAUUAGCUAACACGCAUUGUGUUAGUGAACCACGUUAAAUUUGUGUUCGUUCGUGUUGGUUUGGAUUAUCGAUUGCACGCUUCUGUUCUGACAAGUGGUAUCAGAGCCUUUGGUUGCGAUUUUGGGAAUUUGGCGCUGGACUGAAGUUUUGCUUUGUGGAGGUAGCUUUCAAUUCUUUAGCUUGGUUCGGUGGAGGAAUCGCUUUGAAGUUGACUUUGGGUAGUUGCGAUUUUGUCUCAUUUGUUUGGUGAGAAGUUUGGUUAGAGUUGUUUGAUAGUAAGAAUAACUGCUAUCAGUAUGAAGAUUGAGAAGUUUACCGGAAGAAACAGUUUUAGUUUGUGGCAUAUCAAGAUGCAAGCACUGUUGAAACAAUAGGGUUUGCGGGCUCCGUUGUCUGAAAAAUCGAAGAAGGAAAGUAUAGAUGAAGAAGAGUGGAUUACUUUGGAGGAGAAAGCUCACUCUACAAUCUUGCUUUGCUUGGCUGAUGACAUACUCACUGAGGUUGCUGCUGAGAAGACUGUUGCGGGCUUGUGGUUGAAGCUUGAAAGUCUAUACAUGACAAAGACUUUAACCAACAAGUUGCAUAUGAAGCAAUGUUUGUUCAGUUUGCGUAUGGAGGAAGGUACGCCUCUCAAGAAUCAUCUAGAUAAACUCAAUACUAUCUUGUUAGAUCUGUGGAACAUUGAUGUUAAAAUAGAUGAUGAGGAUGCUG